AUGAUGGACGGUGGCGGAGAAGCCAACUCCAGUAAAGUAAUGCGCCGAACCCCAAAUAAAGCAAGGGUGAAACGAGAAAGACAGAGUUUAGGAGACUUUUUGACUCCCAAAGAAGAUGAACCAACCAAAGAUCGUAAUGUCUUGGAUUUUUCUAUUGGAAGUUUGAAAACAAAGGAACAAACGGGCAAGAAUGCAGCCGAAAUGGAAAACUUGAAAUCAAUUUACAAGGAAUAUGAAACAAGGGCAAAAAGUUUGAGUAGAUUCGAAAACAUAUCUGGAAACGCUAUUGAGCGAGGCAAAAAUACCUGCAAUUCUGCAAACGGCAAUGAAGGUGGAAAAGAACUUUCCGAAUUUUUGUAUGAUCUGUGGACACAACAACAACUAUGUGAUAUCGUAAUUCGUGUAAACGGGAAGGAAUUUCUAGCUCAUAAGCUGGCAUUAGCUGCCCAUAGUGAAAAGUUCACAUCUAGAUAUUGUGAAAGACAAAGACUACCUUCAACUUUGUCAGAAGUCAACCUCUUGAACGCUUCAAUUGAAGCUACUGAAGACAUACUUAAUUAUAUUUACACAAAUCAAUUAAAAAUUACAGAUGCAAAUGUAGAAACACUUCUAAGUUGUGCCAAGCAACUUGGAGUGUCAGCAGCAAUAUUCCUUUGUAGGCAACAUUUAUUGAACUUCGAUUCCACAAAUGUAUUGUUUUUGAUGCAGAUUGCAGAAAAACAUGGCUUUAGUGAUAUUUUGGAGAAAAUGGAAGCUUCGGUGUACGAUAACUUUUCUGACAUUAGCAGAAAAGAGAGUUUUUUGCACAGCCGAUACGAUAUGGUUAUCAAAAUAUUACAAAGAGACGCUUUAAGGGUUAAGGUUGGAAACGAGCUCGAAAUAUUCUUCGCCAUUGUUUCUUGGAUUGAUUUCAAUAGACAAGAGCGUCUUAGUUACGCUCCUCAACUUCUUCAAUGUGUUCGUUUUUCUAUCAUUUCUGCUGAGGACCUUGUUAAACACGUCGAACCACAGACAGAAAUAUUCAAAUUACCACAGUGCAAAGAAAUGUUAUACAUUGCAUUCAAGACACAGGCACUCGAGAAAAGGUCACCAAUGCACUCAAACCAAGAGAGCAAAAGACAAGCUCAUCAAGUUCCAUUCAGCAUAACUGGUUACAGUAACGCAGAACAAAACCAGAGUUACUCUUGUAGAUCCGUUCCAGCACCUCGUAGACAUUCAACUGGUAGCGGCCCAGGGUUUUCCCAACCAGGUAGAGAAUCUGCACAGAACGGAACUAGAGUGACACCAUCAAAGGACAAAGUAACUUCUCCAUAUGUGUCUCGUCGAGGUUCGAUAACGGACAACAGAGAUCCAAUGAAUAAGAUACCACAGAUGCCAAUGCACAUGAACCAAGCGCCAAUGCAUGUGAACCAAACCCAGCAGACUAAGCACAAGAUGUAUCUUGGAGGAUCUCUGCACCAACAGCCUGUACAUGCAACGGCGUUCUAUGGCCCAAACCCUGCUCCUAUAAAACCUCCAACCAUUUUGGUAGUAGGCGGUAUCAAUCCUUACAGUCCAGAGAGCACCUAUUCCAGUAAGCUAGUUGAGCAGUACAAUCCCCAAACCAAUACUUGGAAAGUAGUAUCUACACUCCCUGAACCAAGGCACCAUCUAGGCACUGCUAUUCUAGAUGGCUACAUCUAUGUUGUUGCUGGCUCUAUCAUCCUUCCUGAUGAACAAGAAAACCUUGCCAAUCCGACAGACACAUGCUUCCGGUUUUGCCCAGAGGGAAAUUACUGGACACGUACAGCUUCUUUGAGAACACCGAGAAUGUACCAUGGACUGGCAGUGCUUGAGGGUGUUCUUUAUGCAGUGGGAGGACAUAAUGCGGACGGAAGGCCUAUGAACACAGUUGAAUAUUACAAUCCUGAUACCGAUACUUGGGGCUUUACAGAAAGUAUGACAGAAGCGAAGAUUGGCAUGGCUACAGCAGGUUACCACGGAUUACUGUAUGUAGUUGGCGGCUUCUACGAGACAAUGAACGAUAAAAUCGUUCUUGAUACUGUCGAGUGUUAUAAUCCAAGGACAAAUAAUUGGACAGUAAAAGAACCAUUGCCUACUCCAUGCUGUCAUGCAAAUUUAGUCGUUGUGGAAGACAAGCUUUAUUUGAUUGGAGGAUCAAACAUGUCAGAUACGUCGUCAGCUGUAACGAGUCUGUCUAGUGUCUAUUGUUACAACGAGGAAGACGAUAUUUGGGAUAAAGUCACAGAUAUAAUGAUUCCAAGACAUGAUUGCAGCACAGCUGCAAUAGGCUCGAAAAUCUACAUUCUUGGCGGCGUCAGCUCACAGGAAGGAAGCGUGUUAGCGGAUGUGGAGUGUUUGGAUGUAGAAAGUCUAACCUUGACAGAAUGCGAACCGAUGGCAUAUCCGGCUUUAGGAAUUUCAUGUUGCAUUCUCCCUGGAGAAAACAAGACUUAAUUAUUCAUGAUUUAUUUAUUCUACUUUGAAGUUUUAGUUGUUAUGUUCUUUUUGUUGUUCAUAUUUGUCAGAUUACAGAAUAAUGUAUUUUAACUUUUAAAACUGGUAGCUGCUCUGUCAAUUUCAAAUUCAACUAUGGAACUCUCUUGGUAAAAAUGGACAGUUUCAGCUAUUUAGCAUCAGUAUCACUGAAGACAACAAAUUUACUUAAUCCUCUUAAUGCAUACAUGUACAUGAAGCCAGCAAAGAAAUAAUUAUGUAUUACUCAUUUAAAAAAAACUUAGUUGUUACAAAUCUGUUGUUGGUAUCUUGAUUAUUAAA